AUGAAGCUGUUCACAACGGUUUUCUGCCUAAGCUUGGCCUUCAGCCUGGCCAGUGCAAAGAAAGUGGUUCAAGAGACCGGAAGACUCAUCACGAUCCAAUCCCCAGCACCGGCACCGGCACCACCUCCACAGCAGAGUGUUAUUUAUAAGCUUCCUCCGCAGCAUUAUUACCCGCCGCCCCCACAGCACUGCAACUGUCCGCCUGGCCCGCCCGGACCCCCAGGGCCUCCAGGGGCGCAAGGGCCUGCUGGCCAACCAGGUGCAAAAGGUCAUAAAGGUGAAAAAGGUGAUCGAGGGGAAAAGGGGGAGAAAGGGCACUAUGGAAUGCCGGGACCUCCAGGACUACCAGGGCCAAUAGGACCACCUGGCCCUAGCAAGUACCGUGGCGACCAUGAACAUCACCAUCACCACCACCCACCGCCAGGACCUCCUCCUCCCCCUCCUCCCCCACCACCGCCGCCACCGCCGCCACCACCACAUCACCAUCACCACCCACAUCCCCCAAUAAUACCGCCGCCACCAAUAAUAAUUCCCAUUCCGUCACUGCCACUGCCACCGCCUCACAAAGGAGGCCAUCAUCAUCACCACAAGGGAUCUAAAGGACCCCCUGGACCCCCAGGGCCCCCAGGAACGGGACCGCCUGGACCUCCAGGACCUCCAGGAAAUUCCCAUCAUCAUCAUCCACAUCCUCACCCCCCCCAACCACCACCGCCGCCACCGUAUCCAUACCCACCGACGGUACCAUACCCUACACCACCGCAAAUUCCAUGGUUUCCAGUUCCUGUACCAGUACCCUGGCCCUCAAAGGGUCACAAAGGUGACAAAGGGCAUUAUCACCAUUAUCCUCCAUCGGAUGGUCACCACAAGGGUGGACAUCAUCAUAACAACCACAACAAAGGUGAUCAUCAUCAUCAUCAUCAUCAUCCACCUUCCCAUUGGCCACAUUAUCCCCACAAGGGAGGACAUAACGGUCAACACCCUCCCCCGCCGUAUGGAGGUGGACACAAGGGUGAUCCACACGAUCCACAGCAUGGAGGGCACAAAGGUGGCCCACACGAUCCACAGCAUGGAGGGCACAAAGGUGGCCCACACGAUCCACAGCAUGGAGGGCACAAGGGAGAUCAUCACCACUCUUCUUACCCGCCGAACAAUCACCACAACCCCGGAAAUGGAGGACAUAAUCAUAACCAUCCUAAUUCACCAUCUCACCCGCAACCUGAUCCACACAAUCCUUAUCACGGAGAAUCCCAUGAGCAUCAUCAUCAUAACAACCUUGUAGGUCCCGAUCAGGACCACAACGGAGGUGAAGAACAAUUCCCGCGUGAUGGUCUGGAUGUAGAUGCUGAAGUAGAGGUAGAGGAAGAGGAAGAGGGCGUUGAGAACAUUAUUGACGAAAGUAUUCAGGACUCUGCUGAGACCGAAGAAUCUAUGCACGUCGAACCGACUGAAUUUCAACAGUAUUCCGAGAAUACUAGCUAUAUCAGUUAUGAAAACAAUACACUGGACAUAAACGAUGGAGCUGCCUCUAUGGAGGAAGGAAUGGAAGAGAUUAGUGAGGAUGAAAACGGAAGUGCACCAAACAAUGUUGAAACAGACGGAGACGAUGAGGUGUUAGUAGAGAAUCAAAUAGAGAUUGAAAACUUGAAUGACGAUAACCAGUCUUCAGAGACUGAUCCUGUGCAGGAGCGAGCCAACAAACGACCAAUUAUCUUAGCUAUUGGAACCCCACGAAAUCCAUUUCACCUGUACGCAUAUGAUCACUACAACUCAUGA